GCACAUUGGAGCCUACUGUGACUAUAACAUCCAUCACCCCGCCCCAUUCUCCCGCUUUCCAUCACCCCGCCCCAUUCUCCCUCUUUCCAUCACCACGCCCCAUUCUUCCGCAUUCCAUCACCCCGCCCCAUUCUCCCACUUUCCAUCACCCCGCUCCAUUCUCCCGCUUUCCAUCACCCCGCCCAAUUCUCCCUCUUUCCAUCACCCCUCCCCAUUCUCCCUCUUUCCAUCACCCCACCGCAUUCACCCUCUUUCUAUCACCCCGCCCCAUUCUCCCUCUUUCCGUCACCCCGCCCCAUUCCCCCUCUUUCCAUCACCCCGCCCCAUUCUCCCUGUUUCCAUCAACCCGCCCCAUUCUCCCUGUUUCCAUCACCCCGCCCCAUUCUCCCUGUUUCCAUCACCCCGCCCCAUUCUCCCUGUUUCCAUCACCCCACCCCAUUCUCCCCCUUUCCAUUACCCCGCCCCAUUCUCCCGCUCUCAAUCACCCCGUCCCAUUCUCCCGUUUUCCAUCACCCCUCCCCAUUCUCCCUCUUUCCAUCACCCCAUCCCAUUCUCCCUUUUUCCAUCACCCCCCCCCAUUCUCCCGCUUUCUAUCACCCCGCCCCAUUCUCCCGCUUUCCAUCACCCCGCUCCAUUCUCCCUCUUUCCAUCACCCCUCCCCAUUCUCCCUCUUUCCAUCAGCCCGCCCCGUUCUCCCGCUUUCCAUCACCCCGCCCCAUUCUCCCUCAUUCCAUCACCCCGCCCCAUUCUCCCGCCUUCCAUCACCCCGCCCCAUUCUCCCUCUUUCCACCACCCCGCCCCAUUCUCCCUGUUUCCAUCACCCCGCCCCAUUCUCCCGUUUUCCAUCACCCCGGCCCAAUCUCCCUCUUUCCAUCACCCCGCCCCAUUCUCCCACUUUCCAUCACCCCGCCCCAUUCUCCCGCCUUCCAUCACCCCGCCCCAUUCUCCAUCCUUCCAUCACCCCGCCCCAUUCUCCCUCUUUCCAUCACCCCGCCCCAUUCUCCCUCUUUACCUCGCCCCGUCCAAUUCUCCCGCUUCCUAUCACCCCGCCCCAUUCUCCCGCUUUCCAUCACCCCGCCCCAUUCUCCCGCUUUCCCUCACCCCGCCCCAUUUUCCCUCUUUCCAUCACCCCGCCCCAUUCUCCCGCUUUCCAUCACCCCGCCCCAUUCUCCCGCUUUCCAUCACCCCGCUCCAUUCUCCCACUUUCCAUCACCCUGCCCAAUUCUCCCUCUUUCCAUCACCCCUCCCCAUUCUCCCUCUUUCCAUCACCCCGCCCCAUUCUCCCUCUUUCCAUCACCCCGCCCCAUCCUCCCUCUUUCCAUCACCCCGCACCAUUCUCCCUCUUUCCAUCACCCUGCCCCAUUCUACUGCUUUCCAGCACCCCGUCCCAUUCUCCCGCUUUCCAUCACCCCGCUCCAUUCUCCCGCUUUCCAUCACCCCGCCCAAUUUUCCCUCUUUCCAUCACCCCGUCCCAUUCUCCCUCUUUCCAUCACCCCGCCCCAUUCUCCCCCAAUCCAUCACCCCACCCCAUUUUCACUCUUUCCAUCACCUCGUCCCAUUCUCCCGCUUUCCAUCACCCCGCCCAAUACUCCCUCUUUCCAUCACCCCGCCCAAUUCUCCCUCUUUCCAUCACCCCUCCCCAUUCUCCCUCUUUCCAUCACCCCGCCCCAUUCACCCUCUUUCCAUCACCCCGCCCCAUUCUCCCUCUUUCCAUCACCCCGCCCAAUUCUCCCUCUUUCCAUCACCCCUCCCAAUUCUCCCUCUUUCCAUCACCCCGCCCCAUUCACCCUCUUUCCAUCACCCCGCCCCAUUCUCCCUCUUUCCAUCGCCCCGCCCCAUUCCCCCUCUUUCCAUCACCCCGCCCCAUUCUCCCUGUUUCCAUCACCCCGCCCCAUUCUCCCUGUUUCCAUCACCCCGCCCCAUUCUCCCGCUUUCCAUCACCCCGCCCCAUUCUCCCUCUUUUCAUCACCCCGCCCCAUUCUCCCGCUCUCAAUCACCCUGCCCCGUUCUCCCGUUUUCCAUCACCCCUCCCCAUUCUCCCUCUUUCCAUCACCCCGCCCUAUUCUCCCUCUUCCAUCACCCCGCCCCAUUCUCCCGCUUUCCAUCACCUCGCCCCAUUCUCCCGCUUUCUAUCACCCCGCUCCAUUCUCCCGCUUUCCAUCACCCCGCCCAAUUCUCCCUCUUUCCAUCACCCCUCUCCAUUCUCCCUCUUUCCAUCACCCCGCCCCAUUCUCCCGCUUUCCAUCACCUUGCCCCAUUCUCCCGCUUUCCAUCACCCCGCCCCAUUCUCCCUCUUUCCAUCACCCCACCCCAUUCUCUCGCUUUCCAUCACCCCGCCCCAUUCUCCCUCUUUCCAUCACCCCGCCCCAUUCUCCCGCUUUCCAUCACCCCGCCCCAUUCUCCCUCUUUCCAUCACCACGCCCCAUUCUUCCGCAUUCCAUCACCCCGCCCCAUUCUCCCGCUUUCUAUCACCCCGCUCCAUUCUCCCACUUUCCAUCACCCCGCCCAAUUCUCCCUUUUUUUAUCACCCCUCCCCAUUCUCCCUCUUUCCAUCACCCCACCCCAUUCACCCUCUUUCUAUAACCCCGCCCCAUUCUCCCUCUUUCCGUCACCCCGCCCCAUUCCCCCUCUUUCCAUCACCCCGCCCCAUUCACCCUGUUUCCAUCACCCCGCCCCAUUCUCCCUGUUUCCAUCACCCCGCCCCAUUCUCCCGCUUUCCAUCACCCGGCCCCGUUCUCCCGCUUUCCUCCACCCCGCCCCAUUCUCCCGCUUUCCAUCACCCCGCCCCAUUCUCCCUCUUUCAAUCACCCCGCCCAAUUCUCCCUCUUUCCAUCACCCCGCCCCAUUCUCCCUCUAUCCAUCACCCCACCCAGUUCUUCUCUUUCCAUCACCCCGCCCCAUUCUCCCGCUUUCCAUCACCCCGCUCCAUUCUCCCGCUUUCCAUCACCCCGCCCAAUUCUCCCUCUUCCCAUUACCCCUCCCCAUUCUCCCUCUUUCCAUCACCCCGCCCCAUUCUCCCGCUUUCCAUCACCCCGCCCCAUUCUCCCUCUUUCCAUCACCCCGCCCCAUUCUCCCGCUUUCCAUCACCCCGCCCCAUUCUCCCUCUUUCCAUCACCCCGCCCCAUUCUCCCUCUUUCCAUCGACCCGCCCCAUUCUCCCGCCUUCCAUCAACCCGCCCCAUUCUCCCUCUUUCCAUCACCCCGCUCCAUUCUCCCGCUUUCCAUCACCCCGCUUCAUUCUCCCGCUUUCCAUCACCCCGCUCCAUUCUCCCGCUUUCCAUCACCCCGCCCCAUUCUCCCGCUUUCCAUCACCCCGCCCCAUUCUCCCUCUUUCCAUCACCCCGCCCCGUUCUCCCGCUUUCCAUCACCCCGCCCCAUUCUCCCUCUUUCCAUCACCCCGCCCCAUUCUCCCGCUUUCCAUCACCCCGCUCCAUUCUCCCGCUUUCCAUCACCCCGCCCAAUUCUCCCUCUUUCCAUCACCCCUCCCUAUUCUCCCUCUUUCCAUCACCCCGCCCCAUUCUCCCGCUUUCCAUCACCCCGCCCCAUUCUCCCGCUUUCCAUCACCCCGCCCCAUUCUCCCGCUUUCCAUCACCCCGCUCCAUUCUCCCUGUUUCCAUCACCCCGCCCCCUUCUCCCGCUUUCCAUCACCCCACCCCAUUCUCCCCCUUUCCAUCACCCCGCCCCAUUCUCCCGCUCUCAAUCACCCCGCCCCAUUUUCCCGUUUUCCAUCACCCCUCCCCAUUCUCCCUCUUUCCAUCACCCUACCCCUCUUUCCAUCACCCUGCCCCAUUCUCCCGCUUUCUAUCACCCCGCCCCAUUCUCCCGCUUUCCAUCAUCCCGCUCCAUUCUCCCCCUUUCCAUCACCCCGCCCAAUUCUCCCUCUUUCCAUCACCCCUCCCCAUUCUCCCUCUUUCCAUCACCCGCCCGCUUUCCAUCACCCUGCCCCAUUCUCCCUCUUUCCAUCACCCCGCCCCAUUCUCCCGCUUUCCAUCACCCCGCCCCAUUCUCCCUCUUUCCACCACCCCGCCCCUUUCUCCCUGUUUCCAUUACCCCGCCCCAUUCUCCCGUUUUCCAUCACCCCACCCCAUUCUCCCUCUUUCCAUCACCCCACCCCAUUCUCCCUCUUUCCAUCACCCCGCCCCAUUCUCCCUCUUUCCAUCACCCCGCCCCAUUCUCUCGCUUUCCAUCACCCCGCCCCAUUCUCCCUCUUUCCAUCACCCCACCUUGUUCUCCCUCUUUCCAUCACCCCGCCCCAUUCUCCCGCUUUCCAUUACCGCGCCCCACUCUCCAUCUUUCCAUCAUCCCGCCCCAUUCUCCCUUCUUCCAUCACCCAGCCCCAUUCUCCCUCUUUACAUCACCCCGCCCCAUUCUCCCGCUUUCUACCACACCGCCCCAUUCUCCCGCUUUCCAUCACCCCGCCCCAUUCUCCCGCUUUCCAUCACCCCUCCCCAUUCUCUCUGUUUCCAUCACCCCGCCACGUUCUCCCGCUUUCCAUCACCCCACCCCAUUCUCCCCCUUUCCAUCACCCCGCCCCAUUCUCCCGCUCUCAAUCACCCCGCCCCAUUCUCCCGUAUUCCAUCACCCCUCCCCAUUCUCCCUCUUUCCAUCACCCCGCCCCAUUCUCCCUCUUUCCAUCACCCUGCCCCAUUCUCCCGCUUUCUAUCACCCCGCCCCAUUCUCCCGCUUUCCAUCAUCCCGCUCCAUUCUCCCCCUUUCCAUCACCCCGCCCAAUUCUCCCUCUUUCCAUCACCCCUCCCCAUUCUCCCUCUUUCCAUCACCCCGCCCCAUUCUCCCGCUUUCCAUCACCCCGCCCCAUUCUCCCGCUUUCCAUCACCCCGCCCCAUUCUCCCGCUUUCCAUCACCCCGCCACGUUCUCCCGCUUUCCAUCACCCCACCCCAUUCUCCCCCUUUCCAUCACCCCGCCCCAUUCUCCCGCUCUCAAUCACCCCGCCCCAUUCUCCCGUUUUCCAUCACCCCUCCCCAUUCUCCCUCUUUCCAUCACCCCGCCCCAUUCUCCCUCUUUCCAUCACCCUGCCCCAUUCUCCCGCUUUCUAUCACCCCGCCCCAUUCUCCCGCUUUCCAUCAUCCCGCUCCAUUCUCCCCCUUUCCAUCACCCCGCCCAAUUCUCCCUCUUUCCAUCACCCCUCCCCAUUCUCCCUCUUUCCAUCACCCCGCCCCAUUCUCCCCCUUUCCAUCACCCCGCCCAAUUCUCCCUCUUUCCAUCACCCCUCCCCAUUCUCCCUCUUUCCAUCACCCCGCCCCAUUCUCCCGCUUUCCAUCACCCCGCCCCAUUCUCCCGCUUUCCAUCACCCCGCCCCAUUCUCCCUCUUUCCACCACCCCGCCCGUUUCUCCCUGUUUCCAUCACCCCGCCCCAUUCUCCCGUUUUCCAUCACCCCACCCCAUUCUCCCUCUUUCCAUCACCCCGCCCCGUUCUCCCUCUUUCCAUCACCCCGCCCCAUUCUCACUCUUUCCAUCACCCCGCCCCAUUCUCUCGCUUUCCAUCACCCCGCCCCAUUCUCCCUCUUUGCAUCACCCCGCCCCAUUCUCCCUCUUUCCAUCACCCCGUCCCAUUCUCCCGCUUUCCAUUACCGCGCCCUACUCUCCAUCUUUCCAUCACCCCGCCCCAUUCUCGCGCCUUCCAUCACCCAGCCCCAUUCUCCCUCUUUACAUCACCCCGCCCCAUUCUCCCGCUUUCUAUCAUCCCGCUCCAUUCUCCCGCUUUCCAUCACCCCGCCCCAUUCUCCCUCUUUCCAUCACCCCGCCCCAUUCUCCCGCUUUCCAUCACCCCGCCCCAUUUUCCCUCUUUCCAUCACCCCGCCCCAUUUCCCGCGUUCCAUCACCCCGCCCCAUUCUCCCUCUUUCUAUCACCCCUCCCCAUUCUCCCGCUUUCCAUCACCCCGCCAAAUUCUCCCUCUUUCUUUCACCCCUCCCCAUUCUCCCUUUUUCCAUCACCCCGCCGCUUCUUCCCGCUUUCCAUCACCCCGCCCCAUUCUCCCUCUUUCCAUCACCCCGCCCCAUUCUCCCGCUUUCCAUGACCCCGCCCCAUUCUCCCGCUUUCCAUCACCCCGCCCCAUUCUCCCGCUUUCCAUCACCCCGCCCCAUUCUCCCUCAUUCUAUCACCCCUCCCCAUUCUCCCGCUUUCCAUCACCCCGCCCAAUUCUCCCUCUUUCUAUCACCCCUCCCCAUUCUCCCUUUUUCCAUCACCCCGCCGCUUCUUCCCGCUUUCCAUCACCCCGCCGCUUCUUCCCGCUUUCCAUCACCCCGCCCCAUUUUCCCUCUUUCCAUCACCCCGCCCCAUUCCUCCGCUUUCCAUCACCCCGCCCCGUUUUCCCUCUUUCCAUCACCCCGCCCCAUUCUCCCGCUUUCCAUCACCCCGCCCAUUCUCCCUCUUUCUAUCACCCCUCCCCAUUCUCCCGCUUUCCAUCACCCCGCCAAAUUCUCCCUCUUUCCAUCACCCCUCCCCAUUCUCCCUCUUUCCAUCACCCCGCCGCUUCUUCCCGCUUUCCAUCACUCCGCCGCUUCUUCCCGCUUUCCAUCACCCCGCCCCAUUUUCCCUCUUUCCAUCACCCCGCCCCUUUCUCCCGCUUUCCAUCACCCCGCCCCAUUCUCCCUCUUUCUAUCACCCCUUCCCAUUCUCCCGCUUUCCAUCACCCCACCCAAUUCUCCCUCUUUCUAUCACCCCUCCCCAUUCUCCCUCUUUCUAUCACCCCGCCCCAUUCUCCUGCUUUCCAUCACCCCGCCCCAUUUUCCCUCUUUCCAUCACCCCGUCCCGUUCUCCCUCUUUCCAUCACCCCGCCACAUUCUCCCGCUUUCCAUCACCCCUCCCCAUUCUCCCUCUUUCCAUCACCCCGCCCCAUUCUCCCACUUUCCGUCACCCCGCCCCAUUCUCCCUCUUUCUAUCACCCCUCCCCAUUCUCCCGCUUUCCAUCACCCCGCCAAAUUCUCCCUCUUUCUUUCACCCCUCCCCAUUCUCCCUUUUUCCAUCACCCCGCCGCUUCUUCCCGCUUUCCAUCACCCCGCCCCAUUCUCCCUCUUUCCAUCACCCCGCCCCAUUCUCCCGCUUUCCAUGACCCCGCCCCAUUCUCCCGCUUUCCAUCACCCCGCCCCAUUCUCCCGCUUUCCAUCACCCCGCCCCAUUCUCCCUCUUUCUAUCACCCCUCCCCAUUCUCCCGCUUUCCAUCACCCCGCCCAAUUCUCCCUCUUUCUAUCACCCCUCCCCAUUCUCCCUUUUUCCAUCACCCCGCCGCUUCUUCCCGCUUUCCAUCACCCCGCCGCUUCUUCCCGCUUUCCAUCACCCCGCCCCAUUUUCCCUCUUUCCAUCACCCCGCCCCAUUCCUCCGCUUUCCAUCACCCCGCCCCGUUUUCCCUCUUUCCAUCACCCCGCCCCAUUCUCCCGCUUUCCAUCACCCCGCCCAUUCUCCCUCUUUCUAUCACCCCUCCCCAUUCUCCCGCUUUCCAUCACCCCGCCAAAUUCUCCCUCUUUCUAUCACCCCUCCCCAUUCUCCCUUUUUCCAUCACCCCGCCGCUUCUUCCCGCUUUCCAUCACUCCGCCGCUUCUUCCCGCUUUCCAUCACCCCGCCCCAUUUUCCCUCUUUCCAUCACCCCGCCCCUUUCUCCCGCUUUCCAUCACCCCGCCCCAUUCUCCCUCUUUCUAUCACCCCUUCCCAUUCUCCCGCUUUCCAUCACCCCACCCAAUUCUCCCUCUUUCUAUCACCCCUCCCCAUUCUCCCUCUUUCUAUCACCCCGCCCCAUUCUCCUGCUUUCCAUCACCCCGCCCCAUUUUCCCUCUUUCCAUCACCCCGUCCCGUUCUCCCUCUUUCCAUCACCCCGCCACAUUCUCCCGCUUUCCAUCACCCCUCCCCAUUCUCCCUCUUUCCAUCACCCCGCCCCAUUCUCCCACUUUCCGUCACCCCGCCCCAUUCUCCAGCUUUCCAUCACCCCGCUCCAUUCUCCCCCUUUCCAUCACCCCGCCCAAUUCUCCCUCCUUCCAUCUCCCCUCCCCAUUCUCCCUCUUUCUAUCACCCUACCCCAUUCUCCCUCUUUCCAUCACCCCGCCCCAUUCUCCCUCUUUCCAUCACCCCGCCCCAUUCUCCCUCUUUCCAUCGCCCCGCCACAUUCUCCCUCUUUCCAUCACCCUGCCCUAUUCUCCCUGUUUCCAUCACCCCGCCCCAUUCUCCCUGUUUCCAUCACCCCGCCCCAUUCUCCCGCUUUCCAUCACCCCGCCCCAUUCUCCCUGUUCCAUCACCCCGCCCCGUUCUCCCGCUUUCCAUCACCCCACCCCAUUCUCCCCCUUUCCAUCACCCCGCCCCAUUCUCCCGCUCUCAAUCACCCCGCCCCAUUCUCCCGUUUUCCAUCACCCCUCCCCAUUCACCCUCUUUCCAUCACCCCGCCCCAUUCUCCCUCUUUCCAUCACCCUGCCCCAUUCUCCCGCUUUCUAUCACCCCGCCCCAUUCUCCCGCUUUCCAUCAUCCCGCUCCAUUCUCCCCCUUUCCAUCACCCCGCCCAAUUCUCCCUCUUUCCAUCAACCCUCCCCAUUCUCCCUCUUUCCAUCACCCCGCCUCAUUCUCCCGCUUUCCAUCACCCCGCCCCAUUCUCCCUCUUUCCAUCACCCCGCCCCAUUCUCCCGCUUUCCAUCACCCCGCCCCAUUCUCCCUCUUUCCACCACCCCGCCCCUUUCUCCCUGUUUCCAUCACCCCGCCCCAUUCUCCCGUUUUCCAUCACCCCACCUCAUUCUCCCUCUUUCCAUCACCCCGCCCCAUUCUCCCUCUUUCCAUCACCCCGCCCCAUUUUCCCUCUUUCCAUCACCCUGCCCCAUUCUCUCGCUUUCCAUCACCCCGCCCCAUUCUCCCUCUUUCCAUCACCCCGCCCUGUUCUCCCUCUUUCCAUCACCCCGCCCCAUUCUCCCGCUUUCCAUCACCCAGCCCCAUUCUCCCUCUUUACAUCACCCCGCCCCAUUCUCCCGCUUUCUAUCACCCCGCCCCAUUCUCCCGCUUUCCAUCACCCCGCCCCAUUCUCCCUCUUUCCAUCACCCCGCCCCAUUCUCCCGCUUUCCAUCACCCCGCCCCAUUUUCCCGCUUUCCAUCACCCCGCCCCAUUCUCCCGCUUUCCAUCACCCCGCCCCAUUCUCCCUCUUUCUAUCACCCCUCCCCAUUCUCCCUUUUUCCAUCACCCCACCCCAUUCUCCCUCUUUCCAUCACCCCGCUCCAUUCUCCCGCUUUCCAUCACCCCGCCCCAUUCUCCCGCUUUCUAUCACCCCGCCCCAUUUUCACUCUUUCCAUCACCGCGCCACAUUCUUCCGCUUUCCAUCACCCCGCCCCAUUCUCCCGCUUUCCAUCACCCCGCCCCAUUCUCCCGCUUUCCAUCACCCCACCCCAUUCUCCAGCUUUCCAUCACCCCGCUCCAUUCUCCCGCUUUCCAUCACCCCGCCCAAUUCUCCCUCCUUCCAUCACCCCUCCCCGUUCUCCCUCUUUCCAUCAACCUGCCCCAUUCUCCCUCUUUCCAUCACCCCGCCCCAUUCUCCCUCUUUCCAUCACCCCGCCCCAUUCUCCCUCUUUCCAUCACCCCGCCACAUUCUCCCUCUUUCCAUCACCCUGCCCUAUUCUACCUGUUUCCAUCACCCCGCCCCAUUCUCCCUGUUUCCAUCACCCCGCCCCAUUCUCCCGCUUUCCAUCACCCCGCCCCAUUCUCCCUGUUUCCAUCACCCAGCCCCGUUCUCCCGCUUUCCAUCACCCCCCCCCAUUCUCCCCCUUUCCAUCACCCCGCCCCAUUCUCCCUCUUUCUAUCACCCCUUCCCAUUCUCCCGCUUUCCAUCACCCCACCCAAUUCUCCCUCUUUCUAUCACCCCUCCCCAUUCUCCCUCUUUCUAUCACCCCGCCCCAUUCUCCUGCUUUCCAUCACCCCGCCCCAUUUUCCCUCUUUCCAUCACCCCGUCCCGUUCUCCCUCUUUCCAUCACCCCGCCACAUUCUCCCGCUUUCCAUCACCCCUCCCCAUUCUCCCUCUUUCCAUCACCCCGCCCCAUUCUCCCACUUUCCGUCACCCCGCCCCAUUCUCCAGCUUUCCAUCACCCCGCUCCAUUCUCCCCCUUUCCAUCACCCCGCCCAAUUCUCCCUCCUUCCAUCACCCCUCCCCAUUCUCCCUCUUUCUAUCACCCUACCCCAUUCUCCCUCUUUCCAUCACCCCGCCCCAUUCUCCCUCUUUCCAUCACCCCGCCCCAUUCUCCCUCUUUCCAUCACCCCGCCACAUUCUCCCUCUUUCCAUCACCCUGCCCUAUUCUCCCUGUUUCCAUCACCCCGCCCCAUUCUCCCUGUUUCCAUCACCCCGCCCCAUUCUCCCGCUUUCCAUCACCCCGCCCCAUUCUCCCUGUUCCAUCACCCCGCCCCGUUCUCCCGCUUUCCAUCACCCCACCCCAUUCUCCCCCUUUCCAUCACCCCGCCCCAUUCUCCCGCUCUCAAUCACCCCGCCCCAUUCUCCCGUUUUCCAUCACCCCUCCCCAUUCACCCUCUUUCCAUCACCCCGCCCCAUUCUCCCUCUUUCCAUCACCCUGCCCCAUUCUCCCGCUUUCUAUCACCCCGCCCCAUUCUCCCGCUUUCCAUCAUCCCGCUCCAUUCUCCCCCUUUCCAUCACCCCGCCCAAUUCUCCCUCUUUCCAUCAACCCUCCCCAUUCUCCCUCUUUCCAUCACCCCGCCUCAUUCUCCCGCUUUCCAUCACCCCGCCCCAUUCUCCCUCUUUCCAUCACCCCGCCCCAUUCUCCCGCUUUCCAUCACCCCGCCCCAUUCUCCCUCUUUCCACCACCCCGCCCCUUUCUCCCUGUUUCCAUCACCCCGCCCCAUUCUCCCGUUUUCCAUCACCCCACCCCAUUCUCCCUCUUUCCAUCACCCCGCCCCAUUCUCCCUCUUUCCAUCACCCCGCCCCAUUUUCCCUCUUUCCAUCACCCUGCCCCAUUCUCUCGCUUUCCAUCACCCCGCCCCAUUCUCCCUCUUUCCAUCACCCCGCCCUGUUGUCCCUCUUUCCAUCACCCCGCCCCAUUCUCCCGCUUUCCAUCACCCAGCCCCAUUCUCCCUCUUUACAUCACUCCGCCCCAUUCUCCCGCUUAAUAUCACCCCGCCCCAUUCUCCCGCUUUCCAUCACCCCGCCCCAUUCUCCCUCUUUCCAUCACCCCGCCCCAUUCUCCCGCUUUCCAUCACCCCGCCCCAUUUUCCCGCUUUCCAUCACCCCGCCCCAUUCUCCCGCUUUCCAUCACCCCGCCCCAUUCUCCCUCUUUCUAUCACCCCUCCCCAUUCUCCCUUUUUCCAUCACUCCGCCCCAUUCUCCCUCUUUCCAUCACCCCGCUCCAUUCUCCCGCUUUCCAUCACCCCGCCCCAUUCUCCCGCUUUCUAUCACCCCGCCCCAUUUUCACUCUUUCCAUCACAGCGCCACAUUCUUCCGCUUUCCAUCACCCCGCCCCAUUCUCCCGCUUUCCAUCACCCCGCCCCAUUCCCCCGCUUUCCAUCACCCCACCCCAUUCUCCAGCUUUCCAUCACCCCGCUCCAUUCUCCCGCUUUCCAUCACCCCGCCCAAUUCUCCCUCCUUCCAUCACCCCUCCCCAUUCUCCCUCUUUCUAUCAACCUGCCCCAUUCUCCCUCUUUCCAUCACCCCGCCCCAUUCUCCCUCUUUCCAUCACCCCGCCCCAUUCUCCCUCUUUCCAUCACCCCGCCACAUUCUCCCUCUUUCCAUCACCCUGCCCUAUUCUCCCUGUUUCCAUCACCCCGCCCCAUUCUCCCUGUUUCCAUCACCCCGCCCCAUUCUCCCGCUUUCCAUCACCCCCCCCCAUUCUCCCCCUUUCCAUCACCCCGCCCCAUUCUCCCGCUCUCAAUCACCCCGCCCCAUUCUCCCGUUUUCCAUCACCCCUCCCCAUUCUCCCUCUUUCCAUCACCCCGCCCCAUUUUCCCUCUUUCCAUCACCUUGCCCCAUUCUCCCGCUUUCUAUCACCCCGCCCCAUUCUCCCGCUUUCCAUCAUCCCGCUCCAUUCUCCCCCUUUCCAUCACCCCGCCCAAUUCUCCCUCUUUCCAUCACCCCUCCCCAUUCUCCCUCUUUCCAUCACCCCGCCCCAUUUUCCCCCUUUCCAUCACCCCGCCCCAUUCUCCCGCUUUCCAUCACCCCGCCCCAUUCUCCCUCAUUCCAUCACCCCGCCCCAUUCUCCCGCUUUCCAUCACCCCGCCCCAUACUCCCUCUUUCCACCACCCCGCCCCUUUCUCCCUGUUUCCAUCACCCCGCCCCAUUCUCCCGUUUUCCAUCACCCCACCCCAUUCUCCCUCUUUCCAUCACCCCGCCCCAUUCUCCCUCUUUCCAUCACCCCGCCCCAUUCUCCCUCUUUCCAUCACCCCGCCCCAUUCUCUCGCUUUCCAUCACCCCGCCCCAUUCUCCCUCUUUCCAUCACCCCGCCCCAUUCUCCCUCUUUCCAUCACCCCGCCCCAUUCUCCCACUUUCCAUUUCCGCGCCCUACUCUCCAUCUUUCCAUCACCCCGCCCCAUUCUCCCGCCUUCCAUCACCCAGCCCCAUUCUCCCUCUUUACAUCACCCCGCCCCAUUCUCCCGCUUUCUAUCACCCCGCCCCAUUCUCCCGCUUUCCAUCACCCCGCCCCAUUCUCCCUCUUUCCAUCACCCCGCCCCAUUCUCCCGCUUUCCAUCACCCAGCCCCAUUCUCCCUCUUUACAUCACCCCGCCCCAUUCUCCCGCUUUCUAUCACCCCGCCCCAUUCUCCCGCUUUCCAUCACCCCGCCCCAUUCUCCCUCUUUCCAUCACCCCGCCCCAUUCUCCCUCUGUCCAUCACCCCGCCCCAUUUUCCCUCUUUCCAUCACCCUGCCCCAUUCUCCCGCUUUCUAUCACCCCGCCCCAUUCUCCCGCUUUCCAUCAUCCCGCUCCAUUCUCCCCCUUUCCAUCACCCCGCCCAAUUCUCCCUCUUUCCAUCACCCCUCCCCAUUCUCCCUCUUUCCAUCACCCCGCCCCAUUUUCCCCCUUUCCAUCACCCCGCCCCAUUCUCCCGCUUUCCAUCACCCCGCCCCAUUCUCCCUCAUUCCAUCACCCCGCCCCAUUCUCCCGCUUUCCAUCACCCCGCCCCAUUCUCCCUCUUUCCACCACCCCGCCCCUUUCUCCCUCCCCAUUCUCCCUCUUUACAUCACCCCGCCCCAUUCUCCCGCUUUCUAUCACCCCGCCCCAUUCUCCCGCUUUCCAUCACCCCGCCCCAUUCUCCCUCUUUCCAUCACCCCGCCCCAUUCUCCCUCUGUCCAUCACCCCGCCCCAUUUUCCCUCUUUCCAUCACCCUGCCCCAUUCUCCCGCUUUCUAUCACCCCGCCCCAUUCUCCCGCUUUCCAUCAUCCCGCUCCAUUCUCCCCCUUUCCAUCACCCCGCCCAAUUCUCCCUCUUUCCAUCACCCCUCCCCAUUCUCCCUCUUUCCAUCACCCCGCCCCAUUCUCCCUCUUUCCAUCACCCCGCCCCAUUCUCCCCCUUUCCAUCACCCUGCCCCAUUCUCCCGCUUUCUAUCACCCCGCCCCAUUCUCCCCCUUUCCAUCACCCUGCCCCAUUCUCCCGCUUUCUAUCACCCCGCCCCAUUCUCCCUCUUCCCAUCACCCCGCCCCAUUCUCCCACUUUCCAUGACCCCGCCCCAUUCUCCCACUUUCCAUCACCCCGCUCCAUUCUCCCACUUUCCAUCACCCCGCCCAAUUCUCCCUCUUUCCAUCACCCCUCCCCAUUCUCCCUCUUUCCAUCACCCCGCCCCAUUCUACCUCUUUCCAUCACCCACCCCAUUCUCCCGCUUGCCAUCACCCCGCCCCAUUCUCCCGCUUUCCAUCACCCCACCCCAUUCUCCCUCUUUCCAUCACCCUGCCCCAUUCUCCCUCUCUCCAUCACCCCGCCCCAUUCUCCCGCUUUCCAUCACCCCGCCCCAUUCUCCCGCUUUCAAUCACCCCGCCCCAUUCUUCCGCUUUCCAUCACCCCGCCCCAUUCUCCCUGUUUCCAUCAGCCCGCCCCAUUCUCCCUCUUUCCAUCACCCCGCCCCAUUCUCCCGCUUUCCAUUACCCCGCCCCAUUCUCCCGCUUUUUCAUCACCCCGCCCUAUUCUCCCUCUUUCCAUAACCCCGCCCUAUUCUCCCUCUUUCCAUCACCCCGCCCCAUUCUCCCUCUUUCCAUCACCCCACCCCAUUCUCCCGCUUUCCAUCACCCCGCCCCAUUCUCCUGCUUUCCAUCACCCCGCCUCAUUCUCCCGCUUUCCAUCACCCCGCCCCAUUCUCCCGCUUUCCUUCACCCCCCCGAUUCUCCCGCUUUCCAUCACCCCGCCCUAUUCUCCCUCUUUCCAUCACCCUGCCCCAUUCUCCCGCUUUCCAUCACCCAGCCCCAUUCUCCUGCUUUCCAUCACCCCGCCCAAUUCUCCCGCUUUCCAUCACCCCGCCCCAUUCUCCCUCUUUCCAUCACCCCGCCCAAUUCUCCCUCUUUCCAUCACCCCUCCCCAUUCUCCCGCUCUUUCCAUCACCCCGCCACAUUCUCCCGCUUUCCAUCACCGCGCCUCAUUAUCCCUCUUUCCAUCACCCCGCCCCAUUCUCCCGCUUUCCAUCACACCGCCCCAUUCUCCCUCUAUCCAUCACCCCGCCCUAUUCUCCCUCUUUCCAUCACCCUGCCCCAUUCUCCCGCUUUCCAUCACCCCGCCCCAUUCUCCCGCUUUCCCUCACCCCACCCCAUUCUCCCGCUUUCCAUCACCCUGCCCCAUUCUCCCGCUUUCCAUCACCCCGACCCAUUCUCCCUCUUUUCAUCACCCCGCCCCAUUCUCCCUCUUUCCAUCACCCCGCCCUAUUCUCCCUCUUUCCAUCACCCCGCCCCAUUCUCCCGCUUUCCAACACCCCGCCCCAUUCUCCCGCUCCAUCACCCCGCCCCAUUCUCCCGCUUUCCAUCACCCCGCCCCAUUCUCCCGCUUUCCAUCACCCCGCCCCAUUCUCCCGCUUUCCAUCACCCCACCCCAUUCUCCAGCUUUCCAUCACCCCGCUCCAUUCUCCCGCUUUCCAUCACCCCGCCCAAUUCUCCCUCCUUCCAUCACCCCUCCCCAUUCUCCCUCUUUCCAUCAACCUGCCCCAUUCUCCCUCUUUCCAUCACCCCGCCCCAUUCUCCCUCUUUCCAUCACCCCGCCCCAUUCUCCCUCUUUCCAUCACCCUGCCACAUUCUCCCUCUUUCCAUCACCCUGCCCUAUUCUCCCUGUUUCCAUCACCCCGCCCCAUUCUCCCUGUUUCCAUCACCCCUACCCAUUCUCCCGCUUUCCAUCACCCCGCCCCAUUCUCCCUGUUUCCAUCACCCCGCCCCGUUCUCCCGCUUUCCAUCACCCCACCCCAUUCUCCCCCUUUCCAUCACCCCGCCCCAUUCUCCCGCUCUCAAUCACCCCGCCCCAUUCUCCCGUUUUCCAUCACCCCUCCCCAUUCUCCCUCUUUCCAUCACCCUGCCCCAUUCUCCCGCUUUCUAUCACCCCGCCCCAUUCUCCCGCUUUCCAUCAUCCCGCUCCAUUCUCCCCCUUUCCAUCACCCCGCCCAAUUCUCCCUCUUUCCAUCACCCCUCCCCAUUCUCCCUCUUUCCAUCACCCCGCCCCAUUUUCCCCCUUUCCAUCACCCCGCCCCAUUCUCCCGCUUUCCAUCACCCCGCCCCAUUCUCCCUCAUUCCAUCACCCCGCCCCAUUCUCCCGCUUUCCAUCACCCCGCCCCAUUCUCCCUCUUUCCACCACCCCGCCCCUUUCUCCCUGUUUCCAUCACCCCGCCCCAUUCUCCCGUUUUCCAUCACCCCACCCCAUUCUCCCUCUUUCCAUCACCCCGCCCCAUUCUCCCUCUUUCCAUCACCCUGCCCCAUUCUCCCUCUUUCCAUCACCCUGCCCCAUUCUCUCGCUUUCCAUCACCCCGCCCCAUUGUCCCUCUUUCCAUCACCCCGCCCCAUUCUCCCUCUUUCCAUCACCCCGCCCCAUUCUCCCGCUUUCCAUUUCCGCGCCCUACUCUCCAUCUUUCCAUCACCUCGCCCCAUUCUCCCGCCUUCCAUCACCCAGCCCCAUUCUCCCUCUUUACAUCACCCCGCCCCAUUCUCCCGCUUUCUAUCACCCCGCCCCAUUCUCCCGCUUUCCAUCACCCUGCCCCAUUCUCCCUAUUUCCAUCACCCCGCCCAAUUCUCCCUCUUUCCAUCACCCCUCCCCAUUCUACCUCUUUCCAUCACCCCGCCCCCCACUCUCCCUCUUUCCAUCACCCCGCCCCAUCCUCCCGCUUUCCAUCACCCCGCCCCAUUCUCCCUCUUUCCAUCACCCCGCCCCAUUCUCCCGCUUCCAUUACCCCGCCCCAUUUUCCCUCUUUCCAUCACCCCGCCCCAUUCUCCUGCUUUCCAUCACCCCGCCCCAUUCUCCAGCUUUCCAUCACCCCGCUCCAUUCUCCCGCUUUCAAUCACCCAGCCCAAUUCUCCCUCUUUCCAUCAACCCCCCCCCAUUCGCCCUGCUUUCCAUCACCCCGCCCCAUUCUCCCGCUUUCCAUCACCCCGCCCCAUUCUCCCUCUUUCCAUCACCCCGCCCCUUUCUCCCUCUUUCCAUCACCCCGCCCCAUUCUCCCGCUUUCCAUCACCCCGCCCCAUUCUCCCUCUUUCCAUCACCCCGCCCCAUUCUCCCGCUUUCCAUGACCCCGCCCCAUUCUCCCUCUUUCCAUCACCCCGCCUCAUUCUACCAGUUUCCAUCACCCCGCCCCAUUCUCCCGCUUUCCAUCACCCCGCCCCAUUCUCCCUCAUUCCAUCACCCCGCCCCAUUCUCCCGCUUUCCAUCACCCCGCCCCAUUCUCCCUCUUUCCACCACCCCGCCCCUUUCUCCCUGUUUCCAUCACCCCACCCCAUUCUCCCGUUUUCCAUCACCCCACCCCAUUCUCCCUCUUUCCAUCACCCCGCCCCAUUCUCCCUCUUUCCAUCACCCCGCCCCAUUCUCCCUCUUUCCAUCACCUCGCCCCAUUCUCUCGCUUUCCAUCACCCCGCCCCAUUCUCCCGCUUUCCAUCACUCCGCCCCAUUUUCCCUCUUUCCAUCACCCCGCCCCAUUCUCCCGCUUUCCAUCACCCCGCCCCAUUCUCCCUCUUUCUAUCACCCCUCCCCAUUCUCCCGCUUUCCAUCACCCCGCCCAAUUCUCCCUCUUUCUAUCACCCCGCCCCAUUCUCCCCCUUUCCAUCACUCCGCCCCAUUCUCCCGCUUUCCAUCACCCUGCCCCAUUCUCCCGAUUUCCAUCACCCUUCCCCAUUCUCCCGCUUUCCAUCACCCCGCCCCAUUCUCCCUCUUUCCAUCAGCCCGCCCCAUUCUCCCUUUUUCCAUCACCCCGCCCCAUUCUCCUGCUUUCCAUCACCCCGCCCCAUUCUCCCGCUUUCCAUCACCCCGCCCCAUUCUCCCUCUUUCCAUCACCCUGCCCCAUUCUCCCUCUAUCCAUCACCUCGCCCAAUUCUCCCGCUUUCCAUCACCCCGUCCCAUUCUCCCGCUUUCCAUCACCGCGCCCCAUUCUCCCUCUUUCCAUCACCCCGCCCCAUUCUCCCGCUUUCCAUCACCUUGUUCCAUUCUCCCGCUUUCCAUCACCCUGCCCAAUUCUCCCUCUUUCCAUCACCCCUCCCCAUUCUCCCUCUUUCCAUCACCCUGCCCCAUUCUCCCGCUUUCCAUCACCCCGCCCCAUUCUCCCUCUUUCCAUCAGCCCGCCCCAUUCUCCCGCUUUCCAUCACCCCGCCCCAUUCUCCCUCUUUCCAUCACCCCGCCCCAUUUUCCCCCUUUCCAUCACCCUGCCCCAUUCUCCCGCUUUCUAUCACCCCGCCCCAUUCUCCCUCUUCCCAUCACCCCGCCCCAUUCUCCCACUUUCCAUGACCCCGCCCCAUUCUCCCACUUUCCAUCACCCCGCUCCAUUCUCCCACUUUCCAUCACCCCGCCCAAUUCUCCCUCUUUCCAUCACCCCUCCCCAUUCUCCCUCUUUCCAUCACCCCGCCCCAUUCUACCUCUUUCCAUCACCCACCCCAUUCUCCCGCUUGCCAUCACCCCGCCCCAUUCUCCCGCUUUCCAUCACCCCACCCCAUUCUCCCUCUUUCCAUCACCCUGCCCCAUUCUCCCUCUCUCCAUCACCCCGCCCCAUUCUCCCGCUUUCCAUCACCCCGCCCCAUUCUCCCGCUUUCAAUCACCCCGCCCCAUUCUUCCGCUUUCCAUCACCCCGCCCCAUUCUCCCUGUUUCCAUCAGCCCGCCCCAUUCUCCCUCUUUCCAUCACCCCGCCCCAUUCUCCCGCUUUCCAUUACCCCGCCCCAUUCUCCCGCUUUUUCAUCACCCCGCCCUAUUCUCCCUCUUUCCAUAACCCCGCCCUAUUCUCCCUCUUUCCAUCACCCCGCCCCAUUCUCCCUCUUUCCAUCACCCCACCCCAUUCUCCCGCUUUCCAUCACCCCGCCCCGUUCUCCUGCUUUCCAUCACCCCGCCUCAUUCUCCCGCUUUCCAUCACCCCGCCCCAUUCUCCCGCUUUCCUUCACCCCCCCCAUUCUCCCGCUUUCCAUCACCCCGCCCUAUUCUCCCUCUUUCCAUCACCCUGCCCCAUUCUCCCGCUUUCCAUCACCCAGCCCCAUUCUCCUGCUUUCCAUCACCCCGCCCAAUUCUCCCGCUUUCCAUCACCCCGCCACAUUCUCCCGCUUUCCAUCACCGCGCCUCAUUAUCCCUCUUUCCAUCACCCCGCCCCAUUCUCCCGCUUUCCAUCACACCGCCCCAUUCUCCCUCUAUCCAUCACCCCGCCCUAUUCUCCCUCUUUCCAUCACCCCGCCCCAUUCUCCCGCUUUCCAUCACCCCGCCCCAUUCUCCCGCUUUCCCUCACCCCACCCCAUUCUCCCGCUUUCCAUCACCCUGCCCCAUUCUCCCGCUUUCCAUCACCCCGACCCAUUCUCCCUCUUUUCAUCACCCCGCCCCAUUCUCCCUCUUUCCAUCACCCCGCCCUAUUCUCCCUCUUUCCAUCACCCCGCCCCAUUCUCCCGCUUUCCAACACCCCGCCCCAUUCUCCCGCUCCAUCACCCCGCCCCAUUCUCCCGCUUUCCAUCACCCCGCCCCAUUCUCCCGCUUUCCAUCACCCCGCCCCAUUCUCCCGCUUUCCAUCACCCCACCCCAUUCUCCAGCUUUCCAUCACCCCGCUCCAUUCUCCCGCUUUCCAUCACCCCGCCCAAUUCUCCCUCCUUCCAUCACCCCUCCCCAUUCUCCCUCUUUCCAUCAACCUGCCCCAUUCUCCCUCUUUCCAUCACCCCGCCCCAUUCUCCCUCUUUCCAUCACCCCGCCCCAUUCUCCCUCUUUCCAUCACCCUGCCACAUUCUCCCUCUUUCCAUCACCCUGCCCUAUUCUCCCUGUUUCCAUCACCCCGCCCCAUUCUCCCUGUUUCCAUCACCCCUACCCAUUCUCCCGCUUUCCAUCACCCCGCCCCAUUCUCCCUGUUUCCAUCACCCCGCCCCAGUUCUCCCGCUUUCCAUCACCCCACCCCAUUCUCCCCCUUUCCAUCACCCCGCCCCAUUCUCCCGCUCUCAAUCACCCCGCCCCAUUCUCCCGUUUUCCAUCACCCCUCCCCAUUCUCCCUCUUUCCAUCACCCUGCCCCAUUCUCCCGCUUUCUAUCACCCCGCCCCAUUCUCCCGCUUUCCAUCAUCCCGCUCCAUUCUCCCCCUUUCCAUCACCCCGCCCAAUUCUCCCUCUUUCCAUCACCCCUCCCCAUUCUCCCUCUUUCCAUCACCCCGCCCCAUUUUCCCCCUUUCCAUCACCCCGCCCCAUUCUCCCGCUUUCCAUCACCCCGCCCCAUUCUCCCUCAUUCCAUCACCCCGCCCCAUUCUCCCGCUUUCCAUCACCCCGCCCCAUUCUCCCUCUUUCCACCACCCCGCCCCUUUCUCCCUGUUUCCAUCACCCCGCCCCAUUCUCCCGUUUUCCAUCACCCCACCCCAUUCUCCCUCUUUCCAUCACCCCGCCCCAUUCUCCCUCUUUCCAUCACCCCGCCCCAUUCUCCCUCUUUCCAUCACCCUGCCCCAUUCUCUCGCUUUCCAUCACCCCGCCCCAUUCUCCCUCUUUCCAUCACCCCGCCCCAUUCUCCCUCUUUCCAUCACCCCGCCCCAUUCUCCCGCUUUCCAUUUCCGCGCCCUACUCUCCAUCUUUCCAUCACCUCGCCCCAUUCUCCCGCCUUCCAUCACCCAGCCCCAUUCUCCCUCUUUACAUCACCCCGCCCCAUUCUCCCGCUUUCUAUCACCCCGCCCCAUUCUCCCGCUUUCCAUCACCCUGCCCCAUUCUCCCUAUUUCCAUCACCCCGCCCAAUUCUCCCUCUUUCCAUCACCCCUCCCCAUUCUACCUCUUUCCAUCACCCCGCCCCCCACUCUCCCUCUUUCCAUCACCCCGCCCCAUCCUCCCGCUUUCCAUCACCCCGCCCCAUUCUCCCUCUUUCCAUCACCCCGCCCCAUUCUCCCGCUUCCAUUACCCCGCCCCAUUUUCCCUCUUUCCAUCACCUCGCCCCAUUCUCCUGCUUUCCAUCACCCCGCCCCAUUCUCCAGCUUUCCAUCACCCCGCUCCAUUCUCCCGCUUUCAAUCACCCAGCCCAAUUCUCCCUCUUUCCAUCAACCCCCCCCCAUUCGCCUGCUUUCCAUCACCCCGCCCCAUUCUCCCGCUUUCCAUCACCCCGCCCCAUUCUCCCUCUUUCCAUCACCCCGCCCCUUUCUCCCUCUUUCCAUCACCCCGCCCCAUUCUCCCGCUUUCCAUCACCCCGCCCCAUUCUCCCUCUUUCCAUCACCCCGCCCCAUUCUCCCGCUUUCCAUGACCCCGCCCCAUUCUCCCUCUUUCCAUCACCCCGCCCUAUUCUCCCUCUUUCCAUCACCCCGCCCCAUUCUCCCUCUUUCCAUCACCCCGCCCCAUUCUCCCUCUUUCCAUCACCCCGCCCCAUUCUCCCGCUUUCCAUUACCGCGCCCCACUCUCCAUCUUUCCAUCACCCCGCCCCAUUCUCCCGCCUUCCAUCACCCAGCCCCAUUCUCCCUCUUUACAUCACCCCGUCCCAUUCUCCCACUUUCUAUCACCCCGCCCCAUUCUCCCGCUUUCCAUCACCCCGCCCCAUUCUCCCUCUUUCCAUCACCCCGCCCCAUUCUCCCGCUUUCCAUCACCCCGCCCCAUUUUCUCUCUUUCCAUCACCCUGCCCCAUUCUCCUGCUUUCCAUCUGUU